AUGACGUACAAAGUGUUGAUAGAGGAAUAUGGAAGGCACAUAACUAGAAUUGCUGUAUCCGCCUUGUUUGAAGCUAUAGCACAAGCACUAAACCUAGAAUUAUCCGGUGACCAGAGAUCAGAACUCUUAUCGGAGUCAACAGGGCUCAUACGAGUUUACCGGUAUCCUCAGAGCUCCUCUGUAGAGGCAGAAGGAGAAGCUCUGGGAAUGGAAGUCCACACGGAUAGUUCGGUUAUCUCAAUAUUAAAAGAAGAUGAAACCGGAGGGCUUGAGAUCAUGAAAGGUGAAGAAUGGUUGCGUGUAAAACCUGUUGCUGAUACUCUCAUCAUCAAUCUAGGAGAUAUGAUGAAGGCUAUAAGCGACGAUGAGUACAAGAGUGUGAAGCAUAGAGUGAAGAAGAAGGAUAGGACGAGAGAAAGACACUCGGUGUGUUAUUUUGUGUCCCCGCAGAGAGAUUGUGUGAUAAAGUCAUCAAACUAUAAGCCAUUCACGUACUCAGAGUUUGAAGCUCAAGUUCAGGCUGAUGUUCAGUCUCUUGGGACCAAGGUCGGCCUUCAUAGAUUCAGCCCUAAAUCUCCACUCUUUCUCUGA